CGCUUGAGCAUGGCAACAAGGCAAGAAGUGUUCUACUUUGAAGAGAUCGUCGACGGCAAGGACGGGCCGCUUGACGGCGACGAAGUCGAAAACAUCUUCACGCUGUCGGAAUGCAAGAUGCUCAAUGACGACAUUCAACUCCCAGCCAAACGAGGAGGGGCAACACUGACCGCAGUGACAUCAGCGCAAGGGAAAACUUUGCUAUACUUGAUUGGUGGAGCAAACCGUGCGGCAGAAGCAUUUGGCGACGUCCAUGUCCUGGACUGGGAAACAAUGCGAUGGAAUCAAGCAAAGCCGCUACUAGAGAGUGCACCAUUCAUUCCUCGUAGUGGUCAUACGGCGGUGGCUUGGGGCUCCCGCAUCUUCGUGUUUGGCGGAGCCAACCUCCGAAUCGACACAGUAUUUAACGAUUUGCAUGUGUUGGAUACUGUGCAAAUGAAGUGGUUGCGACCGAUUGUCGGAGGGGAUGUGCCGCCUCCUCGGAACUCGCAUGUGGCGGUUGCAACUGCCCACGGCAUGGUCGUCAUUGGUGGAUCGUCCCCGCAAGUUGGAGCCAUGAACGACGUUUACCUCCUUCCAUGGCCUGCCAGUGACGGCGACGCGCUGCGCUGGCGUCGAAUCUAUCCCACCUCUACUUUGAUGUCCAAGCGGGAGCUGCAUUCCGCUUGCGUCGAUGGCGACCGCAUCCUCGUCGUGGGUGGUCGAUCCUCGUCUGGGCAACUCUGCAGCGACCUUUGUGUACUCAAUACAGAUUCAUGGACGUGGACAAUCACGCCGCUGCCAGCAUGGCAACGAUGUGCACAUGCCAGUGGCGUCGUUGGCAGGACCCGCUGGCUGCACUUUGGUGGAUGGGAAGGCGGUCAAGAUUUCUUGAGCGAUUGCUGGGAGCUAUCGCUCGACUCGUCCGUGCAGUCGUCGCCGGCCUGUGCAUCCACGUCUACGUCCCGCGAACGACGUCGCGGCUAUAGGGACACCUCGAUCUGCCAAAUGCGCCCUGUGCCAUUGCAACUCGUCGUCGGCCAGCCAAAAGACCCUUCGACUUGCCCAAACCAGCACGUCAUCGAUGUGGCCUUCAUGGACCCCGAAGAGACGGCGACAGGCCUGGCUGGCCGCUUCGCGCACUGCGCGUGUGUCGUGGACGAGUCGACGUUCGUUGUGUUUGGUGGGAUGACUCCCGAAGCGGACCUGAACGACGUGUGGGUGCUUGAAUGCAACGGCAGCCGUACAUGA